AUGGUUUAUCCUGAGGGAGAUCGAAGUGGAGAGAUUUUAUCACAAUUUUUACAAAAAAAAGCAAUGGAAUUUAUUAAAAAUACAAUUUAUAAAGAACAUUCAGAUGUACAUGGUAUUCAAAAAAAAAAAAUACAAUUACUUCAAAGUGAAAAUAAAAAAUUACAGAAUAAUAAGAAGAAAUUAAUUAAACAG